CUCCUCCACUUUUGAUUCAGCCUCUCCUAUGCAAGAGCCCAGACUGGACUAACCUUGGGAAGCCCUUCAGCCCAUUAACUGACUGUCCCCCAGGUCCUCCAGCAGGAAAUAAAAGUUUGCAGCUGCCCUGCAGAGCCGGAGCCAGCUGUGAAAGCUGUGGGUGCUGGACCUCUGGACAUGAGCGUGGGUUUCAUCGGGGCAGGGCAGCUGGCUUUUGCCCUAGCCAAGGGCUUCACAGCAGCAGGUGUUCUGGCUGCUCACAAGAUAAUGGCCAGCUCCCCAGACAUGGACCAAGCCACGGUCUCUGCCCUCCGGAAGAUAGGGGUGAACCUGACAUCUCAUAACAAAGAGACAGUGCGCCACAGUGAUGUGCUCUUCCUGGCUGUGAAGCCACACAUCAUCCCCUUCAUCCUGGAUGAAAUUGGUGCUAACAUUGAGGACAGACACAUUGUGGUGUCCUGUGCGGCGGGUGUCACCAUCAACUCCAUUGAAAAGAAGCUGACAACAUUCCAGCCAGCUCCCAAAGUCAUCCGCUGUAUGACCAACACCCCGGUCAUAGUGCGGGAGGGUGUUACUGUGUAUGCCACAGGCACUCAUGCUCAGGUGGAGGAUGGCAGGCUCGUGGAGCAGCUCAUGUGCAGUGUGGGUUUCUGCACGGAGGUGGAGGAAGAUCUGAUUGACGCUGUCACGGGGCUCAGUGGCAGCGGCCCCGCCUAUGCUUUCACAGCCCUGGAUGCUCUUGCUGAUGGUGGUGUGAAAAUGGGACUUCCAAGACGCCUGGCUGUCCGCCUGGGGGCCCAGGCCCUCCUGGGGGCAGCUAAGAUGCUACUCGACUCAGAACAGCAUCCAGGACAGCUCAAGGACAAUGUCUGCUCUCCUGGUGGGGCCACCAUCCAUGCCUUGCAUGUGCUGGAGAGUGGGGGCUUUCGCUCACUGCUUAUCAAUGCUGUGGAGGCCUCCUGCAUCCGCACUCGGGAGCUGCAGACCAUGGCUGAUCAGGAAACUGUCUCCCCUGCUGCCAUCAAAAAGACUGUCCUGGACAAGGUGAAACUGGACUCCUCUGCUGGGGCCUCCCUGUCUUCUGGCCAUUUUAAGCCACUGCCCUGCAGCCUGGCCCCAGCAGGCAAGGAAUGAUCCAUCUGCCCAUCUUCCUCCUGCUCUCUGCUUUCUCCCCCACCCCUCUCUUUUUGAGACAGGGUUUCUCUGUGUAGCCCUGGCUUAGAACUCGAUCUGCAGACCAGACUGGCCUCGAACUCACAGUUUGUUUGUUUUUCUUUGUUGUUGUUGUUGUUGUUUAAGCAGAGUUUUGCUAUGUAGUCCAAGUUAGCUUUGAACUCUUAAUCCUCCACUCUAGUUUCCCAAAUUCUGGGAUUAUGGGUGAGUGUCAACAUGCCAGGCUCCUUUUUUCUUUUAAGAUGGUGGCUUGAUAUGUUGCCUAGACAAGACUCAAACUUCUCAGCUCAGGGCAUGCUACCAUGUCAGCCCCUCAAGUGCACACCACCUGGCUGACUCAAUUCUUCACGUUCUUCUCUCCUUGCCUGAAGUUUCUGCUCUGGGCUCUCUAGCUCAAAACCACACAGAAUAUCCCCAUAGCAGGCCCUUGCCCAUAGCCGGGUCAGCCAGGAAGGGGAAGAUCACUUACAAGCAGGGAUCUCCACCGCUUCCUCUGGAGCGUAGGCCUAUGGUGUCUUCAUCCUCCCUAGCUCCAAGGCUAGCCAACUUUGGGUGGCCCCCUUCCUGUGAUCUACUCACAUGUGGUUGCCUGUCCUUUCUGUGAAGACCACCUAGUCCCAGACAUUCUGUACCUCCUUCUAAGGACUUCAUCUUCUACCAAGGAUCCCACUAGACAUUUGGGAAAGGGACUUCUCAGGUAGCUCAUGAAACCUUAGCUUGUUCCUGAACUAACUCACCAAAUACUGUUACUUCUCUUCCUAUCCUUUCAGUUGAAUAAAAAAAAAUUUCCCAAA